GUUAACUUUUCAUCCAGUCAACUGUUAGUUGACUCGAACAUGGCGAAAUUCUUGAUGAGGUGGAAAGUUUCUGAUGACAUGACAACUUUUGAUAUGCCACGUGGAUAUUAAUUAAUUUUACAUAAUAUUUUGAGGUAGAAAAAAAUAUAUCAAAAUGAAAGAAACCAAAAAAUCUAACCCACUCUCUUCCCAUCCUAUUCUUCUUCCACUUCUUCCCAGUCCCCUCCAUAUCCAUGACGGUCGCGACGGAGCUCUCCUCAAACUCCUCGGUUUCCUCCAGCCGCCGCCUGAUGCCUCGAUUUUACUCCCCUUCCUAUCCUUUCCCUUGCUUGCUACAGUCUAUGCCAGCAUAUCCUGCUUCCUCGUCAUCUUCGCCGGAAUUAGGGCUGUCAGUCGGUCGGUUUCGGUUUAACCGAAAACCGAUUUCUCGGUUAUCGGUUAAAUCAAGACAUUGACUCUGGCUUCCGGCCACCGACCGUCCAGGAGCCUCGGUUAGCCGCAGACCGACCGAUCGGUUUUCGGUUUCUGCUCGGUUUAACUGGGCAACCGCAAAAUGAAGGUCGAUUUGGCUGUAAACGCCGGUCUGACCGCUAACCGACCGACCUGGAAAAAAAAAAUAAUAACUCACCUCCUCCUUAUCCCAUUCCCCUCUGCACCACCCACCAUAACCAUCUCUAUCUUAUCCUCAAAUCCCCACUCUCAACCACAAUUUCCUUCCCUCUCCCAACCUCCACAGAAACCCCAAUCUCUUCCUCCAGAACCUUCGAAUUGUAAAACUGCUCUGUCGCCAGCUGCCAUCCGAGAAUCGGAACCCCCCAUCUCCUCACCAACAAUCCUUUCCCCGACGCUUCGAUUCUCUCACGGAAGCCCUCCGGCAGGCAAUCUUCAUCUCUGAAUUCCGAAUUGAUGUCGAAUCCCAACGGCGAGGGUUGCAGAGAGGGCGAGGGUAGAGGCACUGACUGUCGGCGACGCUAUGGCGGUUGGAAGCGACAUGAGACGACGGGCGGCGCGGCGGGUGGAGGCCGAUUGGAGACGGCGGGAGACGCGUUCGGCACGGCAGUUGGAGGCGGAGGGAGACGGUGGGGUGGCUGGUGGAGGGGCGGCGAGGGUGGACGGUGAACUGGUGAAGGGCGGUGACGGCGAGGGUGGCCGUGGCUGCGCCUGCGCGAGAAAGGGGUGGGGGUGGUUGGGGGGAGUGGGGAUUGGGAUUAGCCGAUUAGGGUUUCAAUCUCAUAGGUUGGGGGUCGUUUUGGAUUUUGGGGAAGGGGUCGUUUUGGGUGGGGGAUGAGGUCGUUUUGUAGUAAAGAGGAAGAGUUCGGUUAGCCGGUUUUCGACCACGGUUAAUCGGCUAGCCGAGCAUCUUCUCCUCUAUUCCGACAACCGACCGCCAACACUAGUGGACGGUUUUCAGUUAGCCGAAAACUGGUUGGUUCGGUCGAAACCGACCGGUUAACUGCUAAACGGAAACCGUUUUGCCAGCCCUAGCCGGAAUCUAACCGAAAACCGGUCGGUUCGGUCGAAACCGACCGGUUAACUGCUAAGCGAAAACCGUUUUGCCAGCCCUAGUCGGCCUCAUGUCCGGCCUCAUGUCCCUAAGUCUCGCCAACCUCGAAAUCCUCCAGCAGCAUAGCGGUACCUCCGGCGAGAAGCAACAAGCAGGUUGCUCGACGUUUCUCCACUCUCCCUCCGUGCUUAACACUAGCUUUCUUUUCUUCUCCUUCCUCGUGCUUGUCGUUGGCCUCCGAUUCCUUUCUACUUUUGCCGCUCCAUUCAUGAAUUUAUUUCUCAAUUUGCUUUUCCUAAUUGUUGUAGGCUUGUAGCGGGUAUACUUCUUGUGGUUCAGAAGCAUCAUCAACUUCUGGUGACCCUACUUCUCUGCAAUGUCGUUGCAAUGGAGGUAAUUUACAGCAAGAUUCCCUCCUCUCGCCUCUUUAAUUGCUCUGUUAGAGUUGGAAAUAACACUUCCAACUAGCCAGAGAUUUGGAUUUCUCAUUUCAAUCCUAGUAACUCCGCAAAAUUGCUUUAUAGUGGAACAAGGUUCGGCUUAUGAUUGGGAAAUUGAGAGGAUUCGACGAAAUGUAAGUUCAAAUCGAAAUGUAAGUUGACGUGAACUAGAGAAAAUAAAGAGAGAAAGGGAGAUUCGACUUACGAUUGGGAAAGUGAGAGGUGUCGGAAAUUCGAUUUAACCGGUUUUGAUUUAAACUAAUCAGUUUGGUCCGGUUUGAAUCAUUUCCUUGAGUUGCAUGAUACCAUGAGUUUCAUGGCCUGCCAACGUUUGUUUUGCCGGCAUUUAAUUACCCUUGGUAGUUUUAUUUGGAUGGAAGUUCCAUUUAAUCAAAGGGUUGCCUUGCUUUACAUGUAAACCAUGCAACGUUUGGAAAUGAUACUUAUCCAUGCAACGUUUGACAAUGGUGAUUAGCUUUAUUGUGAUAAUGACAACACUUGGGGUGGCAGUUAAUUAACCGCCCAACCAUCAAUUCACGAAGCAAUACAAUGCUUCGGAAUGUAGUGUUUCAUGUCUAUAAAUAAAGCAUAUGGCGGACAAUGCAAGGCACAAAAAAAAACGAUUCUUCUUCCUACUAAAAGUUCUAAGUAUGCUUUAGGUACUUAAGCCUGGAACCUAAAGUGGUGAUAGUUUUAUCCUCGGGAGAAAUUUCUUGUAAUCCUAGGCUUGUUGAGGGUGGAAAUAUUCUUUACGGAAAGUGAAAGUUGUUCACGACUCUAUCAUAAUCCUAGUCACCCGGUCUCGGGCUAUCGUACGUGUACCCUCGUCCCAAUAAAAGUCCCAACAAUCGUAAAGAAUAAUUUUCCGGUACGAUGGCUCGAACCGCUCUUUACAAGAAACCGGUUCCGAUCUAUGGAAUUAUGAGAAUUUUCGAUGAUGGGUAUUUCAUUGAUGGCAGUAGAAGAUGGGUGUUCUUCGUACUAGUCUCAUGGUAUAUUCCAUAUCCGGAAGGUAACUUGGAAGAGGGAUGAUUCGAAGAUGAGGAAGAGGGAGAAUGAUUCGUAAAAUGGAGAAAUAGAAGAAUGAAAAUUGCUUUUUCUUACAUGUAAACCAUGCAAAGUUUGGAAAUGAUACUUAUCCAUGCAACGUUUGACAAUGGUGAUUAGCUUUAUUGUGAUAAUGACAACACUUGGGGUGGCAGUAAUUAACCGCCCAACCAAGAAUUCACGAAGCAAUACAAUGCUUCGGAAUGUAGUGUUUCAUGUCUAUAAAUAAAGCAUAUGGCGGACAAUGCAAGGCACAAAAAAAAAACGAUUCUUCUACCUACUAAAAGUUCUAAGUAUGCUUUAGGUACUUAAGCCUGGAACCUAAAGUGGUGAUAGUUUUAUCCUCUGGAGAAAUUUCCUGUAACCCUAGGCUUGUUGAGGGUGGAAAUAUUCUUUACGGAAAGUGAACGUUGUUCACGACUCUAUCAUAAUCCUAGUCACCCGGUCUCGGGCUAUCGUAAGUGUACCCUCGUCCCAAUAAAAGCCCCAACAAUCGUAAAGAAUAAUUUUCUGGUACGAUGGCUCGAACCGCUCUUUACAAGAAACCGGUUCCGGUCUAUGGAAUUAUGAGAAUUUUCGAUGAUGGGUAUUUCAUCGAUGGCAGUAGAAGAUGGGUGUUCUUUGUACUAGUCUCAUGGUGUAUUCCAUAUCCGGAAGGUAACUUGGAAGAGGGAUGAUUCGAAGAUGAGGAAGAGGGAGAAUGAUUCGUAAAAUGGAGAAAGAGAAGAAUGAAAAUUGCCUUUGGGUAGGUCACCCUAGACAAAUAUGGAUUUGUCUAGUGGUUUGAUGGUGUGGUUUUGUCUAAGUGGUUUAUGUUAAACCAAGGAGACAAAAUUGUAUAUACAAUGUUUGAUGAUUCUGGUAAUAGAGUCGUUGUGUUUGUAUGUAGAUGACAUAUUUAUCUUUGGGACCAAUCAAAGAUAAAUGAUUUGGUCUAGUGGUUUAUGUUAUUUCAAACCAAGGAGACAAAAUUUGUACAUAAUUUAUGAUGAUUCUGGUAAUGAAGUCAUCGUACAUUUGUAUGUAUAAGACAUGCUUAUCUUUGAAACCAAUAAAAGAUAAGUGAACUUUGAUAAAAAAGUUGUUAUUUCAAUUAUUCAUGUAGGACAUGGAGGAGGCAAAUGAGAUUCUGUGUAUUGAAUCAAGCGGAACGACAAUAAAGAGUCCUUCUCUCAAUUUUUCUGCAUGAGAAGGUACUUGCAUAAAUUCCAUAGUAGGAAUUGUAGCGAGUUAAAGACCCCAAUGGAUCCAAGUAUGGAACUUAUGGUUAAUACUGGAAAUCAGUAUUACAACUGGAGCAUUCCAUGUUAAAUUGGGGGCUCGAUGUAUGCACGACUUACAUUAUGCUAGAUAUCUUAUAUGAGAAUAGAACAAUUAAGUUGGUACGUGAUGAAUCCUAGUUCUCAUCAUUUGAAAUGAAAUGAGUCGUGUACUAAGAUAUGUCAAAGGCACAUUGUAUUGACUUAUGGUGGCUUUCAAUCAAUUUUGGACGGAUUUGUUGAUGAUAGUUGGAUUUCUCAUGUCAAAGGUGAUACUUCAACAUUGAGAUGGGUCCUCUUGCUUGGGUGAGGUGCCAUAUUUUGGGGCUCUAAAAAGCAAGCUUGCAUCAGUAAGUUUCACUAUGGAGUCAAAGUUUGUGGCCUUGAUUUCUCUUAGAGAAAUGCAUUAGUGUUGAGAUGCUUGGUUUAUGAGAUUAAUUUAUGGCAAAACCAAUCUCACAUAUUAUUAUUCUUAGUGAUAGUAAUGCUACUUUGGCUAAGGCAUAUAGCCAAGUGAAAUGACAAGUAUGGUCACGUGGGAGUUAGGCACUGUAAAAUAUGUGAAUUGAUCACUCAUGGAAUUGUGUCUAUGUAAUGUGACCAGACUUGAGAUAAUUUAGUUGAUCUUUUGACGAAAUGAUUAACUAGUGACUUGGUGGUCAAGUCUGUAAAAGGGAUAAGUUAAAGUCCAUAUAAUUUCUGGUAAUGGGACACCCAAUUCCCCUCUAAUACAACGUUAGAGGCUGAAUUCAAUGUGGAAAGCUUAUUAUCAAAAAUUGAAGCACACAAUUUAUCAUCCCGAGGUAUGUGAUUGUUAUCCUGCAUGAGAGAAGAGGAUGAAGUUCAAAACUUCUUAAUUGAAUCUUUGAAAAAGUGUAUUAUGCGGGUACACGAAUAGAGAUUCAACCUACGUAAGCAUGAAGUGUAGCCGCUUCAAGAAACCCGGACUUUGGUUUCGUGUGCGCUUAUGAGAUGGAUUGGACACAUGGCGGAUAAUAGUGUCAAGGCGCUUAGAAAUUUUUGAAAACUUAAGUGUAUAUUAUCUUCGAAUAUUCAUAUGAGUCAAUGGGUUCAAUCGUUAUCGACACCCUUUGUAUUCGAGUAUUCGUCAAGUGUAAUAUACUAAGGUGAAAAUUCAAUCGUCACGACAUUUUCAUUUAUGCUUAAGUUUUGUUGGAAGAAUGUUGUAAUUUUAGUGGAUUCUUUGAAUACACUAAAAUGGGGGAUGAAUGUUGGAAAUUUGAUUUAAGCGGUUUUGAUAUAAACUAAUCAGUUUGGUCCGGUUUGAAUCAUUUUCCUUGAGUUGCAUGAUACCAUGAGUUUCAUGGCCUGCCAACGUUUGUUUUGCAGGCAGUUAAUUACCCUUGGUAGUUUUAUUUGGAUGGAAGUUCCAUUUAAUCAAAGGGUUGCCUUGUUUUACAUGUAAACCAUGCAACGUUUGGAAAUGAUACUUAUCCAUGCAACGUUUGACAAUGGUGAUUAGCUUUAUUGUGAUAAUGACAACACUUGGGGUGGCAGUUAAUUAACCGCCCAACCAUGAAUUCACGAAGCAAUACAAUGCUUCGGAAUGUAGUGUUUCAUGUCUAUAAAUAAAGCAUAUGGCGGACAAUGCAAGGCACACAAAAAAAACGAUUCUUCUUCCUACUAAAAGUUCUAAGUAUGCUUUAGGUACUUAAGCCUGGAACCUAAAGUGGUGAUAGUUUUAUCCUCGGGAGAAAUUACCUGUAACCCUAGGCUUGUUGAGGGUGGAAAUAUUCUUUACGGAAAGUGAACGUUGUUCACGACUCUAUCAUAAUCCUAGUCACCCGGUCUCGGGCUAUCGUAAGUGUACCCUCGUCCCAAUAAAAGUCCCAACAAGAGGCUUUCGACGAGUCAAAUUCUCUUCAUUGGGUUGCCAUACGAACCACUUGUAACCUUCCCCUAUCACCCGCUGAAGAAAGGAGUUCGUCGGAGCCAUUCGCAAGACAGAAAGAGAGAGAAAACUAGCAACCCUUUCCAGUCGUGCACGAAAAGCCACGCGUUGCCGUGAAACAAGGUGGAACAGCUAGCGGUUUGGAAGUAAAACACACGGAGGGGAAAUAGACGACAUCCCGCCCUCCUUUUACCUGCCAGCUAUCGAUACGGCUAAGCCGCUUGCUUUCCACCUUCUAGCUUGAGCUCUUCCAAUCCCUAGAUAUCGUGAAGAGUCUCCGGCGAAAGUAGUCAACAAAGGACGACGGUAGCAAGCAAGGGAAAGGAUAAGAAGGAGAGUAAAAAUGAGACAUCAGG